AUGAUAGACCACGUCCUGGGACGGCCGUCGGUCAAAUCGCGCCGCCUUCAGGUGCUGGCGGUGCUGGCUUUCUGGUCGGCAUACAUCUUGAGAGCUGACGAGAUCUCUUGCAGAGGACACCCCCAUGGCCCCCCCGUCAUUCGCUUUUUCUCCAAGCUCACGACGAAGCGCCUCACGACAUGGCAGACCGUCGUGGUCACCAUGAUCUACCUCUACGCGGCCCGACACUUUAGCACUCUGGUCGGCCUUGCGAGUCCCGAACCCAUGUCAAAUAUGUACGACGCCACCUACUUCCGCGCAACAUGGAUCUUGACUGCUCUGGAUGCCGGCUUUUGGACUGCCAUGAAGAUUCGCGCAAAGUGGCUUCGCGAUCUGGCCAGCAUCGUCUUCUCCGUAUUCUACAUGUUUGCCGCCGAGAAGGCCGAUGAAAAGGUGCGCAAGGUGCGUGGCAUGUUGACUGUCGAGCAUCUGCGCGUGUCUUGGGAUAAAGGAACGACGCCGUACCUGAAAUUCUUCCAGGGUCUCAUGCGGCCUCGCUUUUCCCGCUGGCCCCCGCGCGCAAUUCGCAUUCCGCGACCCUCUGGUAGUGAUUAUAAGGAGCCUGUGUCGGCCUGGCUCUACUUUGAUGGCCCAUUGACGGACCUCGUGCGACACAGCAGAAUCAUUCUGGAUAUCCCUGGUGGUGGAUUCGUCGCCAUGGAUCCUCGAUGCAAUGAUGAUAAGCUGUUCGCGUGGGCGUCCAAGACUGGUAUGCCAGUUCUUAGCUUGGAUUACAAAAAGGCUCCCGAAUUCCCGUACCCCUUUGCCCUGAACGAGUGCUUCGACGUCUACACGACACUCGUUCGAAGCAAGGGAAGAUGCAUCGGCAUGUCUGGAAGAGAGACACCCCGAAUCGUGCUUACAGGUGACAGCGCUGGUGGUAACUUGGCCACGGCAACAACUCUCAUGAUUGUGGAGAGAACAUCGGUGCCCAUGCGUCGCUACUCGAGCACCGGAGAUCUGCCGUUGCCCGACGGAUUGGUCUUGUUCUACCCAGCACUUGAUAUGAACAUUGGCAACUGGAUGUCAGACGAACAGAUGUCACUGAUGAAGGACAGAAGGCUGAGAAGCACGAACCAGUCGAUCAUCAGACGGAAAAGCAUGCAGUACAACGACCUCGUCGGCACACCUCACCACAGUGAUGACGAGGAGGAUUCCAACAAGCAGUCGACCGAACUGACAGCCAAGGAGGCCCAGAUCGCCUCGCAACAGGCGCUCGCUAGUCCCCAUCCCGAGUUUUCGCAUGGCGGUCCACAAAGUAUGUCCAAUGCAGAAUCCCCAGCUCCGGAUAUCAAGCGUCAGCAGAGCGCAUCCCAUCACUCCGAGCCACUUCGAACUCGCCUCGCCAUGUCUUCCAUGAUAUCCUAUUUCAACGAUCGCGUGCUCACGCCAGAGAUGAUGCGCGCCAUGAUCAUUCUCUAUAUCGGUCCUCACAACCGACCCGACUUCAGCAAGGACUACCUCCUCUCUCCUGUCCUCACCCCCGACUCCCUCCUCGCGCGCUUCCCCAAGGUCUACUUCCUGACCGGCGAGCGAGACCCUUUGGUCGACGACACUGUCAUCUUCUCAGCGCGCCUGCGCAAGGUGAAGGAGUCCAUGUUCGACCAAGCUCAAUCCGAGCGCUCCGACCUCGGCGAUGGACUCGAGCCCGUCUUCAACCCCAAGGACGUCGCCGAGGUGAUGCUGAUUCCCGGCAUCUCUCACGGUUUCCUCCAGUUCCCGACCGUGUAUCCGCCAGCAUGGAAGCAUUUUGAGAGGUCAGCGGAAUGGAUCACAGAGAUCUUUGCCUCAGCCGACGCCGUCCGGGAACGAGAGAGCCGUGGUCGCAGACGCGUCGGCGGCGGACCGAUAACCAACGGCAACAGUGAGGGCCGGCAUCACAACCGCGUCGAGUCAAGCGGGGACGAGGAUAGGCCGCUAGAGAUUAGCAUGACGAGGGCGAACCGCAAGAAUACCCUGACCAAGGAGCCGCAGGUCAUGGACGAGAGCGAGUCCAUUGUACCCGAUGCGAGCGGCAAGAAGAAGAAUGGCCGCGCAAGGGGCGCGAGUAAGAGUGCGGGGGCGAGCCUUGUGAAGCUGAAGAGCACGGACGACUUGUUGGGAAGGAGAAUGCAGGGUCUUGCUGGGGGUUUGACUGGCGUUGGGAGGGGACAGGAAUGA